ACCUCGAACCCUUUGUGCUCUCCUACUCCCAACCCCGCGCGCUUCCCAGUCCUAGUCCUAUUCCCUCGCUCUCAUCGACGACAUAGACCUUUCCCGGCCCUUGCGUCUACAUCCCCUCCGGCUCUCGUCCCUCGACGCCAGAGCUAAGCGCCACCGGUUCCGACUCUGGUCCAGUCUCCUAUUCACCCUCGUCUGCGUUUUCCCCGCUUUCCCCAUACACGCCGUAUUCGUCUGCGUUCUCUGCUACCUCGAUGUAUAUGUAAGACGGCACGGGCGAGCCUGCGUAUCCGCUUCUCGACUAUACCUCCCUUUCUCGAGUCGACCGUGGUCUUACUCUAGACACGGAUGGGGAAGGCGCCACACCGAUAUAUGCACAGGAUGUUUGUGUCUCGUAUCCGUUCGAAUGGGGCUGUCAACAAAUCCAGGCACAACCGCACGCCCUAACGCUCGAAACAGAUACAGACCUUCUGCCCACCAUCCUCCGAUUCUCAGCCUCCCACCGGCUUCGUUCUCCCUCUCUGCCUCAACCUCCGCUUGCACCAGACCUACGCCCGCUACGAAGGUUAAAAGGAGCACGUCCACGAAGGCAGGAUCGGGUGCGACGAGUCAUCGGGUCCACGACUUGGGUAGGAGCACGAAAGAGAGGAGGGAAGACGUCGAUGUGAGUCAUUGUAGUGCUAGGGGUAGUGCGGGACCUGGACCACGAAUGAAAAGAGGCUCUCGGGGCCAGUUCGUUUCUAACACUUCGAAGGACAAGACGAGGCUCGUAGCGGGUUCGGGGUCGAGUUCGGGUUCGGGUGGUGCUGCUGCCCGCGAAGGAGAGACGGGGAUGUGACGAGCGUGUAUCAGAGGGCGAACUCGUUGACCAUAAUCCACCCGCGAUGGCUGAGGCACCAUCGCAGGCCUCGUAUUCAUCCAUCGAGCAGCACGAACGUGCGGAGGGUUUGGCUGCAGGUGUACGUGCCGGUACUGGUGUGGCCAGUACUAGUGGGAGGAAGUCGAGAGGAAAGGCGUGUAGGUGUCCGCUGGACACUAGGUUGCGCGAAGGAACGUGCACCGUGCCUCGAUCUUGGUCAGCUCGUCUGCCUCUGCACGAACAGCCAUCGCUCACUGCGCCGAAUUAUUCCUCAACCACCGCCGUGGAAACGAGCAGUGCCGCAGCCGUACCCACUACGACUCACCACCCUCUCCCGGUUUCACCUACUUUCGGCGUGCAUCCGAAUCCGAAUCUGGAUCGACCGGUCAAAUAUCUGGCUCGAUUGGAGAUAUAGCGUUCAUAGGUGUAGUAGGAUAGGUAACUGUAAUGGCAGGGACUUCUGGAAUAUUAGGACGAUGCUGGUGCACUCGACGCGAUGAUCUAGGCAG